UGGCAUGAUAUCAAAAAGAUGUUUUUUGAGGAAUACCUGAAAUAUUAAAUGAUAAACAUUUUUAAUUACAAAGAUAUUUCAAGAAAACAACCUGACCGGGUCAUUUUUUACCCACUUAUGCAUCUAAGGGUUAAACGAAACGGGGAACCUUCGCCCCCGUAAAAGGGGCGGUCCCGACAGUCAUUACCUGACAUUUCUUGAGCCUUCAGUUGGUCCUUCAAAAUUGAAAUCAUGUUUUCCUUCCAAUGAAUAAAGAAAAGGUUAAUGCAACUUGUGCACAUGUCUGUGGUUCAUCAGAAGAAAGUACGCGUUCACCUUGUGCCCCAUCUCCUCUUUUUGGCUUCUGACCUUCCUCUCCAGCAGGGUCAGUCGCUGCAUCAUGACAGACAUCAGCAUAAGGUCGCUUGGCGGAACACCUGAUUGUUUUUAAAGUAUAACAGUACAAAUUAACACACACUUAUAGUCAAUUUCUUGUGUAAAGUGGAACAAUUUGGUAUUUAACCAAGAUUUUAUGAACAAAUAUGACCUGCCAUAAUUUCUUACGGGACACAAACAAAGAGUUCCUUUGGUUCUUUUAACAUUUAGCUCACUAGCGUGUCAGAUGAGCUAACUAUGUGACACAAUAAAAGCUAAAAAGAACACAGCGCUACCCUCCAUUGUUUACAUUUCAGUGUACAAUUUCCAACAAAAGCACUGCAUCAUUCUGAGAAGUGUCUGAAACACAUUUGAUUACAACUUUACCUUUUUUUGGUGCUUCACAAAUGGUGGAGUUAACAUCACCGCCCCCAGGAAGACUUGGAUUAUCUGAUACUGGUAAUUCUGAAAUUGAUAUAUCUGGGGUGAAUUGUGUGAUUGCAUGUGUGGCACCUGCAGCUUACCUGGUGAUGCAGUUUCCCUGAAUUGUACUUGUUUCUGGCCCCUACAAGGUCAAAGCCAAACAAUAAACCUUUUAUUUUUGUCAGAAUAAAAUUCACCUCAGUUAAGUUACAAGAUAAGCAUACAUAUUACUCAGCAUAUAUUAGCACAUAUUAGCAUACGAAAUUACUACGUUGUAAUAUACAUUUAUUUUUAAUGGUUGAUACCUGUAUGUAUGUGACACCAUUGGACUAUGUAAUUAAACAUUUUUAAUUGGAUCUUGAGCCCAAAAUGUGUUAGCUAUCCUUGUUCGCCUUGAUAAGAAACAAGCUAAACUACUAAAUAAAAAUCAGAACACGUGACCGCGUUUCCCGGAAGUCUCUUGGCGCUAGCAUGUACGGAAUAUAAAUAUUUAAACGUUUUUAGUCAGGUUCCUUCUUAUUUUCAUUUACUCACGGCCUUGUAUUCUCACUCUCAAGUGGAGAACGUCUAUUUUUCUUAAGCAUCGACAAAGGCGAACUCAUGACUGCAGUAAAAGCGGUUCAGAAGCUUCUUUUUUUUAAUGUUUGGCGUCUGUUACCAAUAGCAGCACAGAACCCGGAAGUGGAAACGCACUCACGCGCUAUCUUUUUUUUUUUUCAACAUACGUAAGUGUAAAUGACAUCACCGAUCAAUUGUUACACACAUUGAUAUUUAUGAUUUAAGCCUGCGAUAAAAUGGAAUGACGUUAGCUACUGAACUUAGCAUUAUUACACAAGAAAUACACAAAAUAGAGGCAAAUAGUACAUGUAUCAAACCAGGUAUGUGUACACAAUAGGGGGGGUGGGCGAUACAGCAAAAUGUGGUAUCGCCUCGAUACCAUGUAGCAUACUGUUACAUUAUCGAUAUAUGUAUCGUGGUGUUUAUUUUAUUCCAAUGUUGUUUUAUUCUGUAUCGCAAUGCAAAUAGUUUCAAUAUGAUUGAUUUAAAUGAGUAAACAAUAAUACAAAAUGGCCGUACUGUAUUCACGUGUAAUCACGUGUCAGUGUCCUGUGUGAUGUUGUGGGAUAGCUCAGGGUGGAGCAGCCAUUAGUGGGCUCUGGCUUUGGGGUUAAGAAGAGGGGGUGGGUGGGUGGGAGGAUGCCAGCCAGACAUCAAUCAUCCAGCCAGGGCGAUUAGGCAGUUCCGGGUGGGCUAUGGCGGCGCCCACCGCUCGCUUGGACGACGGAUGGCCGAAUGUGAGUUCAGAUCAGCCGUUGAAAGGUUGCGUGUCCGCCGCUGCGACGUCGUUAUCAUCACUCCCGGAUGAUAACGAUGGUAAUGAUGAUGAUGACGACGAGGGGCUGCGGCAUAACAAUACACCCCCGGGAAAAAGCGAUGAUUCCAAAUCCAUGGAGGAAAUCCGGGUGGAGAAUUUUGACGAGAUUUUGUCUUUGUGCUUCGGAGAUGCGAGCGCAGUGGCGGGUUGCAAUGAUGCAGUGACGGUGGUAAAUGAGGACACGCUUCUGCAGGGGGACGAGAUCUGGACCGCUUUAACCAAACGCUUCGGGCAUGGGAUUCCUCUGGACUGGAAGCGUUCCAGAAUACAUGCCCUCCACAUGCCCAUAUUCAACAUGGAGGAGAAACCGACGGGUGAUGUCACGGCGGAGCUGUCGGAUGACGAGGAGCUGAGGGAACAGUUGGACAUGCACUCCAUCAUCGUGUCCUGCAUCGGGGAUGAGCCCCUUUUCACAGCCGAGCAGGUGAUUGAGGAGAUCGAGGAGAUGAUGCAGGAUGCUGUGGAAUUUGAAGAAGAGCCGGAUCCAUCACAGUCAGGUCUUUUAAUGCUGUCUGUGGAUGUGCAGCGCACCAAAAGAAGUCCUAGCUACAAAGACAGUAUGAGGACGCUGAACGUGGCGGAGCUGAACGAGCGGCUGGUGGAGACGGAGGCCUCCAUCAGGAGCUUCUCAGAGGAUCUGGUGCAGCAUCUGGCUCUCAGGGAUGAGCUGGUCUUUGAGAAGGAGGUGAAGAACAGUUUCAUUUCGGCGCUCAUCGACGUGCAGAACCGACAGAAGGAGCACCGUGAGAUUCUGAAGAAGAAGAAGAAGCUCAAAGGGGCGGCUGGAUUGUCGCAAGGACACCCAGGAUCGCGUUUCAGUAUGGAGGGCCUCUCUUCGAUUAUUCAAAGCAGCUUUCGCCAAACAUUUGGGAGCGGAUGCAGUGAAAGACAGUAUUUGACCACCAUCAUCCCGUAUGAAAAAAAAGGACACCCUCCUUCAAUCGAGGACCUCCAGAUCCUGAUCAAAAUUCUGCAUGCAAUGAGGGAUGACAGCGACAAGGUGCCAGGUCUCCUAACAGACUACAUUCUCAAAGCAUGCCAAGGGCCAUUAAAAUAUGAGCUGAAGGGCAAAAAUGGACCCCAAUCCGCACUUUGGAAAACCCCCUGGUGUAUUUUGUAUUGUGGCAUGCCUCAACAACCAGCAAGUUCCGGGCUCCAUGUUUUUGGAAAGCCGGAGUAUCGGGAGAAAACUCCAUUCAAACUCCAUACAGAGAUGGCUGAGGGUGGAAUUGAACUCGGGUCUCCCAGCUGUGAGGCCUGUGUGUUAACCACUUGAUCGCCGUGCAGCCUGCAAUUUUUCAUUCAUUCAUUUUAUACCGCUUAUCCUCACUAGGGUCGCGGGGGUGCUGGAGCCUAUCCCAGGGGUACACCCUGGACUGGUGGCCAGCCAAUCACAGGGCACAUAUAGACAAACAACCAUUCACACUCACAUUCAUACCUAUGGACAAUUUGGAGUCGCUAAUUAACCUAGCAUGUUUUUGGAAUGUGGGAGGAAACCGGAGUACCCGGAGAAAACCCACGCAUGCACGGGGAGAACAUGCAAACUCCACACAGAGAUGGCCGAGGGUGGAAUUGAACCCUGGUCUCCUAGCUGUCAUUAUAAUUUGUGAAUUUAUUCUGUAUGAUUCCAGUGGUUGUUUUCUUAUUUCCUGAAAUGACCACCACCCCAUGACAAGAAAUUGCGUCCCUGUUUGGUGUCACCAGCCCCUAAUGGGUUUGGGAAAGGUCCCCAAUGGAGGACUAAUGCAUUGAAACUUAGAAGAUGCAUAUAUUGAUUUGCCCUUUGACCCUGUAUACCAUAUAUAUAUAUAUACAGUACAACAUAGACCUGAAAAAAAGCUGCGAUUCAGCUACAGUCAUACUGCUCCCAGGACAUCAGGCUGAAGAACAAGAAGAAGUUAGACUCGCCUUUUCGGUCACCUCCCCUCACGCUUUCCCAAACAACACAAACGUCUCUCAGACAUCUGCAAGACAUUUGUGCUCACUGAGAGAAGACGUUGAGCUGACGUCUAAACGACAUCCAUAAGGUGAAUU